AUGAAAGUUAUUAUUGUGUUUUUUGCAUUUUUCUUUGUUGUUUCAGCAAUAAGUUUUGAUUUAACUUUCGGAUUGAAGUUUGAUGAUUUUAAAAAUCAAUUUGGAAAAGUUUAUAAGAAUGAAAUUGAGUUGAGAAUCGCUGAACAAGCUUUCAAUAUUAAUCUUGGAAUUGUUACAUUUAUAAACGCUAUGCCUGGUCUUGCUUUUAAGCUAGGACUGAAUGAAUAUGCCGAUAAAACUUUUAAAACAUUUCAAGAAAAUUUUCUUGGCUUAGUUCUUCCAACUGAUCCAUCUGAACGAGGAAAUAGAGUUGAAAAUCAAAAUUCAGGUAUACAGGGCAGAAGUGUAACAGAAGACUAUUCUUCUGUCACAGCACCUGCUGCAGUUGAUUAUAGAAAUUAUUCAAUGCCAGUUAAAAAUCAAAAGAAUUGUGGAUCAUGCUGGGCUUUUGUUGUUCUAGGAGUUUUAGGUGAGUGUCAAAGUUUUCAAGCAAUAGAUAAGCAACUAAAGAGCAGUUUCAUAGAAAGUAGAAUGAUGAUUUCGAAUUCUUCGUACAAUACUGUACUGUCUGAGCAGUUUCUAGUUGAUUGUGAUACUCGUGAUCAUGGAUGUAACGGAGGUUGGCCGCAUAAUGCAAUUAAUUGGAUUGCUAAACUAGCUCAAGGUGGAGUUCCUGCAACAACUAGUUAUCAAUAUUAUGGAUUCAGAACAAAGUGUAGAGCUAAUGUCCCUAAAAUACCAAUGAACAUAAAUAAAACUAUCCAAAAUAACACAGCUGGAAAUGAAGACAUGAUGAAAGAAAUUGUUGGAAGUGUUGGACCCGUAGCUGCUGUGAUUUCAGUCACGUCUUAUUUUCAAUUAUACAAAAGUGGAAUAUUCUAUGAUUCAACUUGUAGCAGUAAUUGUUCAAGUGUUAAUCAUGCUGUCAUUAUUGUUGGUUAUGGAACUGAUCAAGCAACAAAUACAGACUACUGGAUUGUUAGGAAUUCUUGGGGUACCACCUGGGGACAAGAAGGAUAUGCUUAUAUGUCGAGAAAUAAAGGAAACAAUUGCAAUAUUGCUUGUUAUGCAAUGUACGUCCUUUAA